AACAAUUUCAAAAUAUAUUUAGGAACCGAACACUUGGGAUUCCUAAAAAUAUUUUUCAAAAGAGACCUUAGCCGGCGUUUUCUUCAAAGAAGUUAUAAUAUUUCUCGGGUUUAAUUUUAAAACAUGACCAGCGAAGAAAGGAUACACCUGGUUUCACAGAAAGUGGGUGAAGACGAAGAGUGUACAAAACAAGCAGGUGCAGAUGGCGCGGAAUCCUCUGAUGCCGAAACCGCUUUCGAAGAUGUUCCAGUGUACAUUACAUGCCCAUAUUGCCAUGAAAAAAUUGUCACUCGUACCAGUUUCAAAUCUGGAAAAUAUACCUAUUGGACCUCGGCCUGUCUAUGCAUAUUUCAGUAAGUAUGAAUGAGCAUUUCGCUCCAAAUAUAUUUUGUUUCUGUUGUAUGAGUGACUCUUGGAGUAAAUUCAUUCUCUGUGGUUGGAAAUAUCGCCAUGAAUAUGAUUGUUCCGAGACUUACAUGUAUUCAAAACAAGAGUAUCGAAUCAAAUUUUUCGUUUGUGUUUCACGGAGGCAGACGGAUUUUUUCAUUGAAAAUAAAGCCGAAUUAUUCAAUCAGAAUCAAAGUUUGUCAAUGGAAUUUUAGUCAGUUAUCACGAUUUGAAGUGAAAUUUAUUUAGGAACAAUCUCGGAUCAAAAGUCAGUAAAAUUAAAUAAGUUUGGGUCUUUGUUUUCAUCUGAGAUCAUAUACAGUACAUUUAAUUUCAGACUUCACCUAUUUUAAAUCGAAUCAAACAGGGUUGUUUUGCAAACUGUCUGCCGUAUAUAGAAUAAACAGUACUGAUUUAAUUUAUCGAAUGCAGAUGAGUAGCUCUUCGCGCGACUUGGAUUUAGCAACAGUAAUCAGCUUUACUGAGGAGCCUGUGUCGUAAAACUCGAUAUAAACACAUCACCUUUUAUCAAUUAGUGCCCUAACGCCACGCGCUCUGAAACGAAUCUUCCCUCACGAGAACCAAUCAUUUGACCGAGAACUUGGCGUGAAAUGUUUCAGUUAUGUAGAUAGUUGUCAAAACAUUCUUUUCAUAUAACAAUCGCACUAUAAAGGAGGGGACACCUCAUGCUGACAUGAUACAGAACAAACCUUUGUUACUAAUCAGCUUCACUUCAUCAGCUUCUCCACCUGCUCAAUUUUUUUUCUGUAUUCAUUUUCCGACUAGCUGAGACGUGAGGAUGACGGGGAAAAUUUACAAGCGACGCUGUUCUUAAUUAUUUGUCUGCCCGGUAUACAUUUUUCAUGUCGCAUACGGUUUUUUUUUCAACAGUUUCGAACUUGAAAAGUUGAUUCGUGUUGCACUACCUUUAAUUAUUGCUAGAGUAUCAACAACGUGUUGAAAUAAAUGAAGCUUAUUCAAAUUGCAUUUGAUAAAAGGGACAAAGAAAUCUUUGAAUACUAAAAGAGUCACUUGUUAAGGAAUGGACUCCCGAGAAACGUGUUUUAGAAGUAACAACAUUGAAUUUUAAGGAAAUAUAAAAAAGCAAUAACCUUUUCAACUGGUGUAAAAGGUUAUUAUUGAAAUAAUUUUAUCUUGUGUUAUCUCUCGGGUGUCGUUCAUUUUUAUUAUUCAUUCUUUUUUUUGUUAAUUUUAAAAUUAUUUUCAUUCCUGUUUAAAAGGUUGGCUCCAGGCCACACAAAAAACCUUAACCUUGUGUCUGAUGCAUUUGAUUUCAAGUCGUCAACUUGGGAGAUUCACGUGACUUUUUCUGACAAAUAACGCUUGCUUUGGUUAUUACCAUGGUAUGGUAUCACUUUCACAGUGAUGAGACAUAUUUUUCAACCUAUCCCUGUUAAUUUCAAAACGUCAUUUUACUAAUGGAAAACCCUACUCCUAUUUCGCAAAACAGCUUCUGUUUAGUUGAUCUCAUAUGUUUUUGCCACAUCGAGCAAUAGACCUUAAUAAAGUAGUGAAAAACUAAAUCAAUGUUAUAUUAGUUCUACAAGAAGCUUAUCAUGCUGAGCAAUGAAAAUCACCGCCGGAGAUCUUAGCCAAGUAAUACACAGUCACUUUAUUAUUUUUUAAAAUUUCUCUUAUCCUUUCUAUUCCUAUAAUUUUCCAUCACAAUUUUUACUCUCGUUAAUCUUCGUAAUUUUACGGCAAGUUUAAAAGGCACAGUUAACAGUUAUGCGCAAAUAUUUUUUAAUGGUUACUUUCCUGUUUCCCAGCGUGAUUUCGAAUGUCUAAGCUGGUGGUAUUACGUUUCAGGUGUUACUGUUGUAUGUGGAUACCGUUUAUAAUGGACGGGCUCAAGAAUGUAGUUCACACUUGUCCAAAGUGUGGUGAAAAGAUUAGUGAAUACAGUCGCUUUAGAGUGGAUCGAAUAUGGAACAAAAAGAAGAAACACAGACAAGCACAGCAUAAUUACACCAGAGGAUGACGGGACACAAUGGAGAUACAGUGGCUGAACUCAAUUACUUGGUUCUGCUGUGGUCAUUAAGACGGAGAGGAUAAUGAACAAAGACAAGUUGAUGUGGUCGAAAUCGUUCUCACAACUGGGAAAAAAGGCUUAUGCAUAAAUGAAGAAUCUUUAAUUCAUGAAUUUACUCGCCAUAACUGAGAUGGUUUCUCGAUCUAAACUGACACUUUGGCAAAUACACUCUUUACAAUUAAUUAAAGGAGAUCUUCCAGCCCAGUUCACUCAAAAAAUGUUGAUUAUAUAUUUUUCAGUAAUUUUAAAGGUAACUUUGAACAAAUUCAAAUUAUGAGAUCGGUUUACUUAUGAUCACAAAAAGCAAAUUUAGCGAAUUUUGUUUUCUGGAAAAAUUUUUGGGUUGAAAUUUGGGUGAUAAUUUUGUCACCUCGGAUCGUAUUGAAAUCCUACCGGUGAAGUCGAG